CAAGCAAGUGAGCCACCACCUCCCCCUUUGAGGACCCAUGCGCUUCAGCAUAUCAUGGCUUAAUUAAUGCACCACCAUUUGUUAUUGUAAAGGAAAUGCCUCUUCCCUUUUGUCAGGUCAAGUUUAGGAAAUCUGGACUGAAGGAGAACUAUUCAGAUGUUAUUUAAUUGAAAAGGAUUCUGCUAUUUUUUAUAAAUGGUAAACAACUUUAUUUAAUUGAAGAAUGUUUAAGCAUUCUGGAUUAUUAUUUGAAUAGUAACAUUUUAUUAUCAAUGUAAAUAAGUUCCAUUAAUAAAACUUUUAUUUCUUACUCAUUUUGGAAAGUUAUUUCUAGUGGUGGUUUCAGUCUUGUGCUACCCCAUAGGGAUCAGGCCACAGAGUAUCUUUUAUGUAGAAAGGGUUUAAUUUCAGUGGGAGAAGUUACAACAUACUAUAGCUGAGACAAAGCUAUUCUAUUUCUUUCUCUCUUUUUUUGGCAGGGGGAAUAUACUCCUUGGUUUUGCCAAAAUAUAUAUUCCUUAAAUGAUCCUGAGUUACUCUUGUACACUGAUGUGAGCAAGUUGGUACUUGAAGCAGGCCACUGACUGAUUGUAAACUUCAGAGAGGUAGAAUCAGGAACUGCCCAAGGAGCCCAGGGAGCAAACCAGUAGGCUUUAUAGGCUAAACCUAUAAUCUUGAAUUAGAUCCAGCAAUACAUCAAUGACCAGUGUGAUUAUUUUAACACAGCAGAAUUGCCCAAUUCCAGUUGGGCAAUACUAUUCUGUUGUUCUUUGUUGCGGCCUCUGUGCAUCACACAUAUGGGUGCGGCACCUGGGCAGUGCCUAGGCCGGAAGAUUAGAAAGCUAAUGGUUUUGGCGGGAAAACUCCGCUCCCCUCCCCCUCAGUGGUAUAAAUAGGGCGGAGUGUCCGCCAUUUUACUCAGUCUUUGUGACCGCCGUUCACUGUGCCUCGUGCCUGUUCGUCUCUCGCUUAGAUCCUCAUGCUCACUGUUCGUUUUACACUUUUUGUAUAUCUUGUUGCUGUCCUUUUCUUCUGCUCCAAGUUUUUUCUCUUAACCCAUUCUUUCUUCAAACCUUUCAUUUCUAUUAAAAAAAAUAAAUAAAUCUUACCCUCUGCACUAUCUUCUCUCUUUCUUUUCGCAAUGGCGCAGCGAGCGACUUUCCGCAAAUGUGUUGAAUGCGGUUCCAAAAUGUCACCCGCGGAUCCGCAUGACCUAUGGCUCCUCUGCCUUGGUGAGGGGCAUAGAACCGACAGAUGCGGCCACUGCUUGGCAUUUACCAAGCAAGCUAGGAAAAAUAGGGAGAAUCGUCUCCGCAAACUUCUAUGGGACCAGGCCUUGAUGCAAUCCGACCAAUUGGUCUUAAGGCCUGGCUCCUCUUCGGCCGCACCCUCUCAGCACUCUGCCUCUACCGCUGGCGCGCCUUCGAAGCGCCCUGCCCCGGCUCCUGCCGCUCCUCCACAGCGUCCUUUGGACGAAGGCACCACCUCUAUGGAGGCCCAGCAGCUACCUUCUUCCCCAGCCAAAAAAUGGGAGAAGUACAAGCAUACCGGCUCAGACAAGCCUUCCAUGCAUAAGAAGCCAAGGAAAGAAAAGGUGGACAAGCCCUCUCGCAAGGGCAAAAAACCCGACCACUCCAAACAUUGUGGUUAGGGUUCAUCAGGCUUUUCAGUACCGACCGCCGCUGCGGUACCGACUCCCUCGGGAUUGGCCCUGCAAUCUGCAAUGCAGGUGACUCCACCGGGUUCCCCCAGGCAAUCUUUCGGCCUGAGAAUGCGACUCCUCAACAGCCGGAGGAGCUGCUUAGGGAGUCCAUCUCUGAUGGAGAGAUCAGAGACUCCCCACCGAGGGAAUGCUCUCCGACUCCAAUGCCCAUAGCUGAGCCACCUGCAGACUCACCAUCGCCUCCCAGACAUCGAAGCUGCUCGUCUGAGCACCGAGAUGAGGAUUGGCCAAUGCCUGGAUAUGGUGGUUUCCCUAGCUGGGGUAAUUACCAACCAUAUGCCCAUUACCUCGGGAUCGUAAGUCACCAUCGAUCCCAAGAGAGGCCCCAUCUACGUCGAGGCAUAUGGAGAGGACAUCCAACCUCCCCGGAAACCUCAUCUUUGAGUGACUGCCACCACUACCACGAAGACUCGGAUGAGUCGGAGGUCAGUUCUACGUCUCCUGAUGUGGCUAUCACCUCCCAAGGCCCCGCAUCACCUGAUGAAGCGCAUGUCACCUUUGCGGAGCUCAUCUCCCGCCUCAUUCGGUCUCUGGAGAUCGAGGCCCAUCAUCGCCCCGGUCCCAGUACCGAUCAUUUUUACGACAUCGUCAGGGGAGAGCAGUCCGCAGCCGUAGCCCUUCCACUCAUUACGACACUUUGUCAGGCUAUGAUCCAGCCCUGGGACCAACCAGCUCAACCACAGGCUAUAUCUCGUCAGUACGAGGCCAUGUACUGGGUUUGGAAGGACGACAUCCCAUUCCUGCUCCGUCACCCAAAGCUGAACUCGGUGGUGGUUGAGUCCUCCCAGGCAGGGAGUCGAGGAGUCACACGGCCCCUCGUGACAAGGAAGGGAGGAAAAUCGAUAUGCUCACACGUUGAGUCUGUGCGGCCUCUGGACUUGGCCUGCGCAUAUCAAAUUAUGAAGCAACACUGGUACAUUACCAGUACUUCAUAAUGCAAAAACUGGAUAACGUUGCCUCCUCCCAUGCAGACCAGCAAUCAGACUUGGCCAGAGUCUAUAAAGGAGGUGAUGCAGGUGGCGAUACAACAGCUCUCCACUGCCAGGCACCACAUGGAAACUGACUCGAGGGUCCUCGUCAGUGCCAUUUCUCUGCGCUGCCACGCGUGGCUAUGAAACUGUAAUUUUCCAAACGAAAUGAAGAGGAGGAUCGAGGAAAUGCCGUUUGACAGCACUGGACUUUUCCACCAGAAGACCGACCAUAAGCUGAAGUCGAUCCAUGAAUCGCGCAUGACCGCACGCCGCAUGGAGCUUCCUCAGCAAAAAAGUAAGUGGCAAUGGCCUCGAUCCUCCUAUCACCAGCAAUAUCAGCCUCGACAGCAGUACCAGCAAAGACAGCAACGUUGAAGGCAGCAGCCACAACAAUGCUUCUCCCAGGGCCGUCAACGUUUCGACACCGAGAAGCGCCAACGUUGAUGGUCUGGGCGGACCAUCCUCUCUCUCCACUCCCCACCUUCCCCUCUCCCUUUUGGGGACCAGCUCCAAAGUCAACUCCCCAUUUGGGAGUUCAUUUCAUCUGAUACGUGGGUAUCAUUCAGCUCGGAUAUAGGAUAGACUUCAAUGUUGUUCCUCCAUCGAGUCCGAUUUGUUUUACACCCUGUUCUUUGGUACUAUGCGACGAAGUCUACCAACUGCUUCAUAAAGGAGCGAUUCGACAGCUGUCCCACUCUGAGGGAUUGCAUGGAUUCUAUUCCAGAUAUUUUAUGGUCCCGAAAAGGGACGGUGGUCUUCAUCCAGUCCUGGACUUGCAAAAUGUUAAUAGGUACAGCAAACCUAAAAAGUUUCGGAUGACCACUUUACAGAAUAUCUUUCCAUUGCUGAGGAGAGAGGACUGGUUCGCCUCACUGGACUUGAAGGAUGCUUACUUCCAUAUUUCCAUCCAUCCUUCUCACAGGUGCUUUCUACAUUUCACUGUCGGAUCCGAUAUAUUCGAGGUCAAUGUUCUGCCUUUCGGUCUGGCUACUGCCUCUAGAGUUUUCACAAAGUGUAUGACUCCGGUGUGCGCACACUUAUGGACUCAGGGCAUACAAAUAUACCCAUAUUUGGACGAUUGUCUCAUUGUGUCUCAGACUAGACACGACCUUCUCUUAGCUGUACACGAGACUUGCGCUCUACUUGAUGAUCUUGGACUUUGCAUUAACCUCUAGAAAUCGUCCCUUAUUCCCACACAGGUCAUCAACUUCAUCAGAGCACGCCUCAAUUCUACUUGGGAGAGAGCCUUCCUCCCUCCGAACCAUCAACAUGCUCUCUGCAGCCACAUCCAUCGAAUCCGAGUACACAGAACGGUACCAGCCAUAACCAUCCAGAGACUACUGGGACACAUGGCUGCUGCAAUUGCCAUUGUCCCGUACGCCAGACUGUGUCUGCGGCCCAUACAGCUGUUCUUCAGCAGAUCAUUUCACCCACAACGGGAUUCUCCCACUAAGCUGAUCCGGAUCCCGCUGUCGAUCCUUUGUACUUUGACUUGGUGGACUAUUCCAGACAACCUGUCUACCGGCAUUCUGUUCCGACUGCCUCAACCAACAACAACCCUGUACACCGACGCAUCCUUACUUGGAUGGGGUGCAGCAUGUUCAGGACUUCGGGUCUAAGGGACUUGGAACCGACAAGAAACAACGAAGCAUAUCAACUUCCUCAAACUUCUGGUGAUUUUCAACGCUCUAAAAUCCUUCGAGACUGUACUAUGCGGUCAAGUUGUCCAGAUUGCGUCGGACAACAUAGCUGCUGUUUUUUACAUCAACAAGCAGGGUGGGACAAAGUCACCAACUUUAGCACGUCUAUCUAUGGAAAUUUGGGAUUGGUGUAUCCCAAGGGGCAUACUACUCCUAGCGGUUCACUUGGCAGGAACCGACAACGUAGAAGCAGACACGCUGAGCAGACAGAUGUCAACAACCCACGAGUGGGAGUUGGACAGACAAAUUCACAAAAACCUCUUCCGUUUAUGGGGUUACCCGGACAUGGACUUGUUCGCUACCCAAGACAACAGGGUAUGCGAUUGAUAUUGUUCGAGAGCGGGUAUCGGAUCAGGAUCGAUAGGGAAUGCUCUCAUGAUCCCUUGGGACAACAUAACUUUCUACACGUUCCCUCCAAUCCCACUUCUGACGAGAGUGGUGUUGAAAAUAGUUCAAGACAAUGCCACAGGGAUAUUAAUAACCUCGUGGUGGCCGAGGCAACCUUGGUUUACCACUCUCCUUCGACUAUCCAGAGGAAUGUUUCUUCAGCUCCCAACAAUUCCUCCAUUGUUAACACAGCAGAACAGAGCGAUCAGGCAUCCAGAUUUGACCUCGUUGAAGCUGACAGCCUGGUACAUCAGCUAAACCAUAUGACUGAUUUGAUACCGACAACAUCUCAAGCAAUGGAGGACCUGGCUCAACGAACUGUACAAACGGCUCCUCCCUCGAAUUCGACAACAACCGCUUCGAUACCGACAGCUUUCGAUCAAGAAAUUCAAGCGAUUCUCGAAUCUGCCUUGAGACCAUUCACCUGUCGGUCUUAUGUGGCGAAAUAGAAGAGAUUCUCAUCCUUUGCUGAAUGCCAUUCGUUUCCUCCUGGGAUGGCUUCGAUUGAGAACAUCUUACAAUUCUUCCUGGAACUGUACCACUCAGGACUUAAACCAUCAUCCAUUAAAGUUUACGCAGCUGCCAUGUCACAUUAUCGUGGCGCUGUACAAGGCUCAUCGAUCUCAUACA